CCCGGCCCGGCAGCACACGACGCCAGGACUUGUUGAAACCUUCUUUGGUGUGGCGUGGCGGCUUACAGCGGGAAUAUGGAGGUGUGCAUGCUUAGUGUGCACAGUUACUAGCAAUAUGGUGGCCCAGACAGAAUCCAGUACACCUGCAGAGCAAAGGAAGGAGGACCAGUUCAGGUGAAAAUGGUCAUAUUCACCAGGGAGCAGAAAAGGAAAGUAUUUCAGGAUGUUCAUGACUCCAGUAGAGGAGGAGCUCACAUGGGCAUCACUAAAACUAUUGCCAAAACUACAGAGAGAUUUUAUUGCAUAGGCAUUAAGAAAGAUGUAGUGAAUUGGACAGGUGAGUGUGACUGAUGUCAGAGAUCUGAAAAGAUGAAAACUGUAGCACCAGUCCUGAAUCCUAUUAAGAGUGAAGGCCCUUGGCAGAUGGUUGAUGUAGAUUUGAUGGGGCCCUAAAAGAAACUCAGUCUGGCAACAAGGACAUCCUUACUUUAACAGACUUACACUCCAGAUUUAUAGAGGCAUUUCCACUGCCUUCAAAAUCUGCUGAUCUGGUAUGUGAUGUAUUGCAGAGUAUUUUCCACUGUUCUGGUCCCCCAGGGAAAACCUUAACUGAUCAGGGAAAGGAAUUCUAUAAUACAUUAAAUGAUACUCUUUUCCAUUGUCCAAGUGAAGCACCUUGUAACACUUGCUUGCCACCCCCAAACUAAUGGUCAGGAUGAGAGGACCAACCAGACGCUGAAGGGCUCUUUAACUAAAUUGGUAAAUGAGAAUCAGAAUGACUGGGACAAACACUCGGAGGCUGCUCUGUUUGGUAUAUGAACAUCAAUGCAAGCUUCAAUAAAGUGUUCUCCCUCUUUCUUGAAGUUUGGUAGACAGCCAACACUGUUUGUUGAACUGCACCAAAAUUAUCUUCAUGAAAAAGUUGAUAUUUUAGAAUUCCCCAAAUUUGAGCCCCUCAGAUGAGUCAGUGGAAUCAAGAAAGAGUCGCUUGACAGCCAUAAAAGAAAAAGUUGGCAGUCAUGUUGCUAAAGCACAAGCUGAACAAAAGAAAUAAUAUGAAAUGAGGAAAGCUAAAGGACAUGUCAUUUGACUUUAAGAUUGGAAUGAAAGUUGUUGUAAAGAAUAAUAAAAAGCAAGGAAGGAAAGGUUCCUGGCUUGAGGAGGACUGACUUGGGCCUUAUGACACACCCAGCAUCUUAGAUAACUUUGUACAAAUCACCACAAAUGGAAAACUCCUUCAAAAUAAAACUGCAUUAAUUCACAUUAAACUUUAUAAAUCCCUCAGUAGGUACUGCACAGGAGCAUGCACAACUUUGUGGCCAAAUGCUGCUGCCAUCAGCUGCAGGGAGUGCUUCUGCUGUCUCUGUCUUUCCAGAAUCCAUGGCAUCUGGGGAGGAGCCUGGAGAGGACAUUCCCCCAGCCACAGACCAUGCUGGUGUGAGGCAGCAGCCUGAGGUGCUCCUUUGUGAAGGGUCACACCAUAUCACUCCCCUUGAUGUGCUCCUUUGUGAAGGGUCACACCAUACCACUCCCCUUGAUGUGCUCCUUUGUGAAGGGUCACACCAUACCACUCCCCUUGAUGUGCUCCUUUGUGAAGGGUCGCACCAUAUCACUCCCCUUGAUGUGCUCCUUUGUGAAGGGUCACACCAUAUCACUCCCCUUGAUGUGCUCCUUUGUGAAGGGUCACACCAUACCACUCCCCUUGAUGUGCUCCUUUGUGAAGGGUCACACCAUAUCACUCCCCUUGAUGUGCUCCUUUGUGAAGGGUCACACCAUAUCACUCCCCUUGAUGUGCUCCUUUGUGAAGGGUUGCACCAUAUCACUCCCCUUGAUGUGCUCCUUUGUGAAGGGUCGCUCCAUAUCACUCCCCUUGAUGUGCUUCUUUGUGAAGGGUCGCACCAUAUCACUCCCCUUGAUGUGCUCCUUUGUGAAGGGUCGCACCAUAUCACUCCCCUGCCUCUCACCACUGUCAGUAAGGAAUGCAUUUCAGAAUCCUCAGCAUAUGGGGAGAAGCCUGGAGAGGACACUUCCCCAGCCACAGACCAUGCUGGUGUGAGGCAGCAGCCUGAAAUGCUCCUUUGUGAAGGGUCACAGCAUAUCACUCCCCCUGCCUCUCACCACUGUUGGGAAGGAAUGCAUUUCGGGUAUUGUAAAAGUCCCUGUUACCAGUACCGGUACUGGUACAGACUCAGUGCGAUUCCCACCAUGGUGCGAGCCAUCAAUCAGUAG